CGCGCGUGGUACCCACGGUCGCGAAGAGGAGGAGGAGGAGGAGGAUGUGGCGCGCGGAGGGGAAAUGGCUGCCGAAAACAAGCCGGAAGGACUGAAGAAAAUUCGUAAUCCAGAUCGAAUGUACAGAUCAGCUGUGUGUUAUUCCGGCCAUGCUCCUCCUAAGGGUGUCAGUGAUGACACAGAGAUGAACAAUGAACAUGGACAUUUGAAAAUAUACCUGCCCAAAAAGCUGCUUGAAUGUCUACCAAAAUGCUCCUCGUUGCCAAAAGAGAGACACAGGUGGAACACCAAUGAGGAAAUCGCAGCUUACUUGAUAACAUUCGAAAAGCAUGAAGAAUGGUUAACAACAUCCCCUAAAACAAGGCCACAGAAUGGGUCGAUGAUACUGUACAACAGGAAAAAGGUGAAGUACAGAAAGGACGGCUACUGCUGGAAGAAGAGGAAAGAUGGCAAGACCACGCGGGAGGAUCACAUGAAGCUGAAAGUGCAGGGUGUGGAGUGUCUUUAUGGCUGUUAUGUUCACUCCUCUAUCAUCCCCACCUUCCACCGCAGGUGCUAUUGGCUGCUGCAGAACCCAGAUAUCGUCUUGGUGCACUACCUGAACGUGCCGGCCAUAGAGGACUGUGGGAAACCAUGCGGGCCCAUCCUGUGCUCCAUCAAUACAGACAAGAAAGAAUGGGCCAAGUGGACCAAGGAGGAACUCAUUGGGCAGCUCAAGCCAAUGUUUCAUGGCAUCAAGUGGACUUGCAGCAAUGGGAACAGCAGCUCUGGUUUCUCAGUGGAGCAGCUGGUGCAGCAGAUUCUGGACAGCCACCAGACCAAGCCCCCUCCCCGGACUCACAACUGCCUCUGCACAGGCACGCUGGGUGCUGGCAGCAGCGUGCACCACAAAUGCAACAGCGCCAAACAUCGUAUCAUUUCCCCUAAAGUGGACCUGCGCUCGGGUGGCUAUGGCAGCGGCCACUCUGAGCUGCAGAACAGCGAUGUGUCAGAGGGCAAAACAGAGCACAGCCAUGGCAGUGGAAAGGCCGGCACAGGUGCGGCAGGAGGAGGGGGUGUAUCAAGGGAAAAACGCAAUGGAAAAGUGCACAAGCCCGUCCUGCUGCACCAGAACAGCACAGAAGUGUCAUCUACCAACCAGGUGGAGGUCCCAGACACCACCCAGAACUCGCCUGUGUCCAUCAGCAGCGGCCUCAACUCCGACCCAGACAUGGCUGACAGCCCGGCCGUCACCGGCAUGGGUCACGUGGCCUCAGUCAUGAGUGGCCUAACUCAGAGCGUCUUCAUGUCAGAGGUGACGGGGGACCCGGUGUACAGCAUGUCCCCCACUGGAGGCCCAAAUGCCCACAUCAUGGGUCCAGACGCCACCUCCCACGGACUGGUCCUAGCCGUAACCUCGGAUAGUCACAAGUUUGCCUUCCCUGGAAGUGGAGGCGCAGACGCAGGCGGGCCAGGAGCCACAGAUGGGCUCUCCAUGCUGUCUGCAGCUGGGGUCUCUGAAGAACUCGUUCUAUCCAGCAGCCUAGACUCAGGCGGCAUCAAGAUACCAGAGACCACCAUGAACUUCGACCCAGACUGCUUCCUCAACAACCCCAAGCAGGGCCAGACGUACGGUGGGAAUGGGCUAAAGCAAGAAAACGGCACCUCCAGCACCUCCUCCUCUACUGUGGCCAGCACCAACGGCCUGCAGCACUCUCCUCCCAUGUCCGACUCCAACUUCGGCUUCAGCGCCGCCCUGAUCAAGAACAUCAAGACCGAGGACACCUCUUUUGAGCAGCAGCUAGCCAAAGAGAGCGGCUACCAAGUGGGGCCAGUGGUGAGCUGCAGCGUGUCCAGCGGUUCCGGCUCUCAGAACUCACUCACCCUGACUCCUGCAAGCUCUCUGCUGCCCUCUGGUGGUGGACUAAGCCCCAGCACCACACUAGAGCAGAUGGAUUUCAGUGCCAUUGACUCAAAGCCAGACUUCUCUUCUAGUGCACCAGUAAGUUAUGACCAGGCGAUGAACAACGCUCACCUAACCCACCAGAGUCACUCUCCCAGCUUCUUCCUCCAGGAGCCACCCCAUUCAGCCCAGAACCAGCAGGGCAGACCAAACUCAGGCCAGAAGAGCCACCUGCUGGAGCACAACUCCCACGACAGGGCUUACAUGGGCCUCCAAGUGGUCAAGACUGACUCACCAGGAAGCAACGGACACCUUCACCACCAUCACGGUCACCAGAACCAGCACAGAUCUAACUGCAAUGGAGGCUCACCUGUUGAACAGAGCUCAGGCCAACAGGCCAACUCUCUCCAACUGCUGCAGUACCAAGGAGGGUUUCCUAACCUUGGGCCAGAGCAUGAGGAGGUGGUGGGCCAUGAUCAGUCUACCAAUGCUGGCUCUGUCCAAACUAGUGGUGCUGAAACAAGGGCAGAUGGCUUGAUUAAAACUGGGGAUCACCUGCAAUCCUGUGCAGGGGGCAAUGCAGAUGGAGGAUCAGAUCAUUACCUCCAGCCAAACUCUGAGAAUGGAGCAGCAGGGAAUGAAUCGGUGGCACUUACCAAUGGGAAUUCCAGCGACACCACCAACGGCAACGGUCAGCAGCAGCUACAGCCUCUGCUCCAGGGAGCCGGGCUGGUACAGGGCCUCUAUAAUUCAGUGGGUAAUCACCAGGCAGGUGGAGGUGGUGGCACAGGCAUGGAGAUUAGCCUGGACCACUUUGACAUCUCUUUCGGCAACCAAUUCUCUGAUCUCAUCAAUGACUUCAUCUCCGUGGAUGGUGGAGCCACAGCUGUGGGGCCGGGUGGAGCACUCUACGCACACCAGCUGGUGGGCCCACAUGGGUCAGAUGGGCAGCCAGGCUCAGGAGGUGGGCAACAGCAGGGCCAGGAAGAUGGGACCAACAGAGCGACAGGGUACAGCACCUCCGAGCUGUGCCUCCAGCCCUGCUGCAGCCCUCAGUCUCUGGGUGGUGGAGCAACUGGUGCAGGAGGGUCGGGGGAGGCAGGGUCACUCUCUUACAUGCAUGUAGCUGAGGUGGUGUCAGCAGCCGUGGCACAUGGCACUCUGGGUAUGCUGCAGGCCACAGGGAGGCUCUUCAUGGUGACUGACUACUCUCCAGAAUGGUCCUACCCAGAGGGAGGGGUGAAGGUGCUGAUCACUGGCCCAUGGCAGGAGGCCAGUAGUCACUACAGCUGCCUGUUUGAUCAGAUCUCUGUCCCGGCUUCCCUCAUCCAGCCUGGAGUACUGCGCUGCUACUGCCCCGGUAGGUUCUCAGCUCAUGACACAGGACUGGUGACUCUGCAGGUUGCAGUCAGUAAUCAGAUCAUCUCUAACUCGGUGGUGUUUGAGUACAAGGCCCGUGCGCUGCCCUCGCUGCCCUCGUCUCAGCACGACUGGCUCUCUCUGGACGAUAACCAGUUCAGAAUGUCCAUCCUGGAGCGACUGGAGCAGAUGGAGCGCAGGAUGGCCGAGAUGGCCGGCCAGCAGCAGCAGCAGAGCAAUGGAGCAGCUGGAGGCGCUGGAGCAGGAGCAGGGGGAGGCGGCGCAGGAACAGGUGGAGGCGGAAAUGGAGGGAAUGGCAGUAACAGUCAAUCCCAGUGUGUGUCGGGGCAGGUUCAGGCGGGCAGCUCGUUUGAGAGCAGAGUGGUGGUGGUGUGUGAGAAGAUGAUGAACCGGGCCUGCUGGGCCAAAUCAAAACAUCUCAUCCACUCCAAGACCUUCCGGGGAAUGACUCUACUGCAUCUAGCAGCAGGCCAGGGCUAUGCCACCCUCAUCAAAACUCUCAUCAAGUGGCGUACUAAGCAUGCUGACAGCAUUGAUCUGGAGCUUGAGGUGGACCCCCUUAAUGUCGACCACUUCUCUUGCACACCCUUGAUGUGGGCAUGUGCUCUGGGUCACCUUGAAGCAGCUGUGGUCCUGUAUAAAUGGGACCGGAGAGCGUUGGCCAUCCCGGACUCCCUGGGGCGCCUCCCCCUGUCCAUCGCUCGCUCCCGCGGCCACACUAAACUGGCUGAGUGUCUGGAGCAGCUCCAGAGAGAGGAACAGCAGCAGCAGUCGCCAUCUUCCCGCAUGGCAUUCUGCCCCAGUACUGAUGCACAGUCCUCCGACAGCUGGAUGGUCACCUGGGCCAGUGACGGCGCGGUGACCCCUGGCGGGCAGAAGAGCGGAGCAGUUACCACCACUAGCACCACCCCCAGCAACCUCACACUUGACCUGAGACGACCAAGGUCAGAACCGUCCAGCUACUACAUUAGCGAGUGUCAGCGGGAUCUCCCUGCAGCUAAAAAACACAAGCCCAACCCAGAGGUAGCUCAGACGAGGCCCGAUAAAGCUGUCUCUGUACCCCUAAGCCUGGAGCACCAGCAGCUUGCCAGACUCUCGGCUGGGGCCGCCACCCUCUCAGCCGACCAGACCGCUCCUGAACGCAGCCUGACCACAGAGGGAACAGAUGCUAGUGGUUUAUCAAAUGCCAAGCUGAGCUCCUUUCGUACAGGUGGGCACAAGUGGAGCUCCAGGGAUGUGUACAGGAAGGUACCUGGGAGUGGUGGAGGAAGUAGCAUUGGAAAAGAGAAGCUGGCAAGUCGGCUACGUCAGAGGGCGGAGCCACUCAGCAUGCUGACAAUGGCAGACAGGGAGAUGGUGGACACUGAGCUGCUGUCUUACAAGGAGGAUUUGGAGAACCAGGAUUGCCUCUCACACAUGGAAGACCUGCAGGCAAACAUGAUGAGCUUAGCCGAGCACAUCAUUGAGGCCACUCCAGAGCGCAUAAAGAGGGAGAACUUUGCAGAGGUGGAGUCCGUGCCCCUGGACAGCACUGGCCUGAGCAGCACCAUGAGCUGGCUGGCCACCUACCUGGGAGACGUGGAGCAGCUGCCCAGCAUUAUCCAUCUGAGAUCCCUGUACAGUGAACCCCUGAACCCCAAGCCCAGCAUGAGCCCAGGGGGCUCCCCCCUGAGGGACAGCCCAUUCGAGAAGGCCACCCUACCUUCCCCAGCCGACUGGAGCGAGUUCCUGAGCGCCUCAAACAGCAAGGUGGAGCGAGAGCUGUCCCAGCUGACCCUGUCGGACCCGGAGCAGAGGGAGCUGUACGAGGCUGCCCGGCUGGUGCAGACUGCCUUUCGCAAGUACAAGGGACGCCCACUGCGUGAGCAGCAGGAAGUAGCAGCCGCUGUCAUCCAGCGCUGUUACAGGAAGUACAAACAGCUAACAUGGAUAGCCUUGAAGUAUGCACUUUAUAAGAAGAUGACGCAGGCCGCCAUCCUUAUCCAGAGUAAGUUCCGGAGUUAUCACGAGCAGAAGAAGUUCCAGCAGAGUCGGCGGGCGGCCGUGCUGAUCCAGCAAUACUACCGCAGCUACAGAGAGUUCCGCCGGCUCCGGCCCCACAGACGCAGCUCCGCCUCCGCCCUGGUGCAGCACAAACUCAGAAGUAGUUUGCUCACUAAGAGACAGGACCAGGCCGCCCGCAAGAUUAUGCGUUUCCUGCGCCGCUGCCGCCACAGCCCCUUGAUGGACCAUAGACUGUACAAGCGGAGUGAGCGAAUUGAGAAAGGCCAGGGAACAUGAGAGUAUCCAGAAGAGCCCCCUCACAAUGUGACAUCACUCUCCAGACUUUUUUCGUGUUUUUCUGUUUCAACCAGACGUUUUACAAGAGGAAAAAAUGCUACAAAAAAAGUAAAAGAAUUCAGCGAGAAGACUGCAUCUCUUAUCUAUACAGUACUACUGACUCCUGCUACUAUACAACAGCAUUUUUUUCAUAUUUCUUCCUUCUGUAUUUCUUUUAUGAGGGAAAGAGUCAACUUAACUGGAGGAAGAACAUUUGCUUCUUGGCAUUUUUUGCACUUUUUUCAUGACUGAACUGUUUUGGUUUGGAGUGCAUAAAAAAAAAAAAAACGUUUUGCUGGGAAAGUACCCUGGAAAUGGACUGAAUCAGCUGAAGGAACCACGGAAGAAAGAGUGAUGAGACAUUUGGGAAAAAUAUGAAAAUAUGGAAUCAAUACAGAAACCUGGCAGGACCUGGCUCGAAUUGAAUUUCAUUGUGAAAAAAAAGAGAGAAAUUGGUGAGCAAAGUUGUUACCAAAAGAGAAAUAUGGUUGGUAAUCCAUUGUUCCAUCUUCUGCACAUUGUUCAGUUCAUAAGCAUACAUUAGUAAAAAUCUCCCUAAAAUCUGUACCACACAGCUGCAGCCCAUCAUAUUGCUGAAUAGAUGGGACAACCUAUGAAUGUAGGAGAGCAUGUAUGGGUGACAUUUUGAUCUAUAGGUUUGAUUGAGGUAAAAUGGGGGGGGGGG